AUCUGGGCUGGGAGAAGAUGGCCACGCCGGCCAGGCCGCUCCCCGUAGCCUUUUUUGGCCGGGAGGAAACGCCAGCGAGGAGCCCAAGUGCGUCUUCAACGAGGAGUUCAAGUUCAUCCUGCUGCCCGUCUCCUACGGCCUCGUCUUCGUGGUCGGGUUGCUCCUCAACUCCUGGGCCUUGUGGAUGUUCGUCUCCAGGAUGAGGCCCUGGAACGCCACCACCACCUACAUGUUCCACCUGGCCGUCUCCGACACCCUCUACGUCCUCUCCCUCCCCACCCUCGUCUACUACUACGCCGACCGCAACAACUGGCCCUUUGGGAAGUGGCUCUGCAAGAUCGUGCGCUUCCUCUUCUACGCCAACCUCUACAGCAGCAUCCUCUUCCUCACCUGCAUCAGCGUCCACCGCUACGUGGGCAUCUGCCACCCCAUCCGCUCCCUCAAGUGGGUGAAGACCAAGCACGCCCGCCUCAUCUGCGUGGGCGUCUGGCUCGUCGUCACCGUCUGCCUCAUCCCCAACCUCAUCUUCGUCACCACCAGCUCCAAGGGCAACAGCACCCUGUGCCACGACACCACCAAGCCCGAGGAGUUCGACCAUUACGUGCACUACAGCUCCUCCAUCAUGGCCCUCCUCUUCGGGGUCCCUUUCCUGGUGAUCGUCCUGUGCUACUGCCUGAUGGCCAAGAGGCUCUGCAAGCCCAGCGUCUCCAGCCCCACCCCCCAGAUGCCCUCCUACAAGAGGCGCUCCAUCAAGAUGAUCGUCGUCGUGCUCGCCGUCUUUGCCAUCUGCUUCGUGCCCUUCCACGUCACCCGCACCAUCUACUACACCUCCCGCUACUUCCAAGCCGACUGCAGGACCCUCAACAUCAUCAACUUCACCUACAAGAUCACCCGGCCCCUGGCCAGCAUCAACAGCUGCCUCGACCCCAUCUUGUACUUCAUGGUGGGGGACAAGUUCCGGGGGCGGCUGCGCCGUGGCCUCGGCCGGCGCCUCCAGCCCGUGCCCACCAGCAACUUGUCCCUGGUGGCCCCUCCCCUGGACCACGCUGACACCCGGGGGGUGGGGACAGCACAGGGCACAGACGGGUGCUGA